GUUGACUGACAGGUCGGUGGGUGGAGCCACAGAGAGAGAGGAACCUGUGUGAGUGGGUUGGACUGAAACCUUCAGGAACAGAAGAGAAAAAAAACAGCAGCAGGAUGGUUGAUCUGACUUUAACUGCAGGAGGCUGACCAUCAGCUGUGACCUUUGACCUUCACAGCCGUCUACCUGAGGGGGCGGGGCCCGAGGAGCCAACAUGGCCGCCACCUCGUCGCUGCUCAACAAAGGUCUGGGCCUGGUGCUGGUGGAGUUUGAGUACGAGUAUGAGGGUCGUGACGGAGAGCUGGUGUCCAUCAAACCCAAUGAGCGCUACGUUCUGCUGGCGAAGACCAACGCCCACUGGUGGCAGGUCCGGAAGGACGCCGUCUCCAAGCCCUUCUACAUCCCCGCCAAGUACGUCAAGGAGCUUCCACCGGACUUCCCCUCGCCGCUGGACUUCGCCGACCCACCCAGUCCAGAGCCAGUGCUGCUGCCUGUAGCGGCUCCGGUCCCAGUUCCGGUCCCUGUCCCGAAGCCUCUGGAGGAGUCUGGUGGCAGCAGGACCAAAGCGGGGGAUGAGGUGACCAUUCGGCUGCGACCGGACGCCGCCUCCAGGCCCCAUAAGAACGAGAACCGCAUGUCCACGUUUGGCGUGCUGCUGGACUUCCACGACCCGGCGCCGUGGCGUCCCAGCAGUCCCCCCGCUGCUGCAGACACCGGCGCCACAGCACCCGGAGAGACUACAAACACGUCCGAUGGAAAAAAGACAGCCCACCUGGACGACCCGGUGGAUUCUGGGAAAUCUCGAGUUCCCACCUUCAGCCCGGCUGAUCCGGUCUCCACGCCGCCACGCCAGAACCUGCCAAUCCCAGUAGAGACGCCGGUGGUCCCCCCCCUCAACAACACGGAGCCUGCAGGUCGCCAUGACGACCAGGAGUCUGCGAUGGAGGAGGAGGUGGCGGAGGAAGAGACGAGCAGCGAGGACGGCACCGAGGACAAUCACAACCACAUCUACGAGUCCAUCCAGGACCUGAACCUGGACCUGGACGCUCUAAUUGGAGGACAAGAGAGUCCCGGAGCUCCGCCUCCAUCUACACCGGCCCCGCCCCCCACACAGGUCGUCACCUCACCCAUCUACGCCAACGUCUCCCCCCUGAAGAAAACGCUUCACCUGUCUGUUCCUGGCCCUGCCCUGCCCUCCCCUCCUCCCUCUGACCCCGCCCCACCUGCAGGCCACACAUCCUCCACGUCAGGCUCCUCCUCCGGGAUGUUAAGCCCCGCCUCCCCCAUCAGCCCACAGGACGGAUGGCAGGUCCACACUGACCAGGACAGUGGGAAGGUGUUCUACUACCAUCCACUAACCAGACAGACCACCUGGUCCGACCCACACAGAACCCCAGAACAGAACCAGACCAGAGGGCCGCUGGGCUCCCCUCUGCUGUCCCCCGCCUCCUCCCAGGGUUCCUGUGUGUGGGAGCAGCUGGUGGACGAGGUCUCGGGGAGGUUCUACUACUACAACCACGAGACACGAGUCACAUCCUGGUCUUUACCGGAGUCCCCCUCCUCCCCUCCUGGAUCCAGCCGGGACAUCGGGCCGCCUCCGCUGCCUGAAGAAGAUUAUCCAGUAGAGAAUGACAACAACGUGUUCACUCCGAAUCCUCAGCAGCAUGUAGGUGUGAUACCAAGAGCGCAGCUGGACCCAAAGGACCCGAUCAGCGCCCAGUGGAGGCAGCAGGAGCCGCUGCAUUUGCCCCAGAGGAUGAUGGGAAAUGGAGUUUCUGAGGAGGGUCCGGCGCUACAGAUCAGGAACUGGAGACACAGUGUGGCCGAAGACACAUUCACUCUGAGCCACCGCAGGAACUUCUCUGACGUCACCGAGGUGUCCAACAGAAGACUCUCCCCCGACAGUCAACAGUUCGACAGGAACAGACUGAAGAGGAAUCUGUCCAAUCGGAGCACAGGCUCCAACCAUAGCCACCUGCUGGAGAAAGCAGGAAUCCUCAACAAGACCAAAGUAGCCGAUAAUGGAAAAAAGAUCAGGAAGAACUGGAGUCAGUCCUGGACCGUCCUCCACGGAGGGAUCCUCACGUUCCACAAAGACCCCAAGUCUGCCCCCGCUGGGAACGCUAGUAAAGCAUCCCAGAUUGUUCCUGAAUACACCGUCGAACUCAGAGGUUCUUCAGUUUCUUGGGCCUCCAAAGACAAGUCGUCCAAGAAGAACGUUCUCGAGCUGAAGACUCGGCAGGGUUGUGAGUACCUGAUGCAGUACGACACUGAGAGCAUCAUCUAUGAUUGGCUGAAAGUCAUCCAGGACACAAUCAGACAGCUGGAGCUGGAUCAUCUCUCUGAGGACGAGGAUGAAGCUUCAGACAAAGAGGACAAGGACAGGAAGAGAACCUCCACCAGGGGUUCAUCAGGAGACCCUGAGCAACGGCGAGUUCGAACCAAGCUGCGACGUUUCCUCCAGCGACGGCCGACGCUGCAGAGCGUCAAAGAGAAAGGAUACAUCAGAGAUAAUGUGUUCGGCUGCCACCUGGACACUCUGUGCCACCGAGAAAACGCCACCAUCCCCAAGUUUGUGGAAAAGUGCAUCCGAACGGUGGAGAGGAGAGGUCUGGAUGUUGAUGGGAUCUACAGAGUGAGUGGGAACCUCGCUGUGAUCCAGAAACUGCGGCACAAAGCCGAUCACGAGGAGCAGCUAGACCUGGAGGACGGACAGUGGGAGGAGAUCCACGUCAUCACUGGAGCUCUGAAGCUCUUCCUCAGAGAACUCCCAGAACCACUGUUCCCCUUCAGCUGCUUCGACAAGUUCAUCGCAGCCAUCCAGGUUUCAGACUACACUCUCAGAGUCUCCUACAUGAAGGACCUGGUCCGGACUCUGCCUCUGCCCAACCACGACACCAUGGAGUUGCUGUUCAAACACCUGCGCAAGGUGAUCGAGCACAAGGAGUCUAACCGAAUGUCGGUUCAGAGCGUUGCCAUCGUGUUCGGGCCCACGCUGCUUCGGCCUCAGACCGAGUCAGCCAACAUGACGAUCCACAUGGUGUUCCAGAGCCAGAUAGUGGAGCUCAUGCUCAAUGAGUUCCAGACCAUCUUCUCUGGGAGCUAGAACCGCCUGGAGCUCCUCUGUGACCUUCAAGAACCCUUUGAGGACCUCAUGGAGGCUUUUUAUCGGAACUGCCAAAAGCCUUCCAACACCAUUUUGAAACUUUACCUCUUCUCCAAACCAAGUUCACAUGGACUGAAUCUGCAGACUGCAUGAUGUCCCUUCUAACCACUGUGGCUAAAAUCAUCCAAGUAGAACCUGAAUGGAACCACCUAAAACCCUGUACUGGUUCUGAAAAAUUGACCUUCCAACUUACUUCUUCUUCAAGGACCAAACAAAACACCUGUUUUAAAUUUUUUCUAUUUUUUUUAUCUUUGAAAAAGAGCUGCUCUGAUAAGUUCCAAGUCCUCUCUCCAGGUAAUGAUCCUAGUAGGACCACUUAGAACCCUGGACUGGUUUUGAAAACUCAACUUACAUCUCUGCUUCUCUUUGAAGAAAAAAGAUCAAACAAAACAUGCAGUUACACCCCCCAGAUAUCUCCCCAUGAGUAAAACAAGUUACAGAUUCUUUGACAAACUUGGAGAACUGCGGAUCUGAAUUCAUGUCCUGUUCUUAAUUCAUCUGACUUCUAAUUCUAGACAUUCAUCUUCUUGGGUUUUGAAUAUGGAACCUGCUGGAUAGAUGAGGCCCCUUUCCAACCACUGACACUAAAAUGAUCCUAGUAGAACCUGAGUGGAACCACCUAAAACCCUGGAACAGCACCUUUAAGGCAACAAACAAAAUAAAACAUACUUUCUUAAAACGUCCAUGUGAACUAGAAUUCUUCUUCAGCAAAUUCCACAUCCCUCUAGAACCUUUUCACUCUCUGGACCUAAACAUCAUCUCCUUUUUAAUAAAUCAAAACACUGUGACUUACAUAAUCUAGGAUGAACCCGAAUAAGAACAAGUGAAUCCUUGGACUGGCUUCAAAACCAUAAUCUGCCUCUUUGGUUCUCUUUAAAGAAAACAGACCAAACAAGACUCUAAUGAAAAACUCCCAAGGAAGUUCCAAAUAUUUCUGAAAGGUCUGGAUCCAAACCUCAGGUUCAUAAAGGAUCAAACAUGGAACUUGUUUGUUACACUACGCCCCUUAAACCACUGACUAUGCAAAACCUGAGAGGAACCAUCUAAAAUCCUGGACUGGUCCUGAACCUAUAACUUCUCCUUUAAGAAACAGACCAAACAAAACAUAUUUUCUAACAUUUCUUAGUGACUAAAAUGAUCCAGUAGAUCCCUCUAGAACCCUGCACUGGUUUUGAAAACUCAGCCAGAAUCUUUGCUUCUCUGUCAAGACAGACAACCAAACACAGUAACUUUAAACCCCCUCAUAUCUUCGAGUGAACAGAACAAGUUAGGGAUCCUUUAAGGAACAUGGAGAACUCUGGACUUCAACUCAUCUGCUGUUCUCCUAUAACUCCAUGAAUACUCACUCAUCUUUGUGGGUUCUGGACAAAGUAGUAAAUAAUACAAAUGUCCUACUUUGGGAACAAACCAAUUCAGUCAUUUCCAGGUUUUUCGAGAACCUUGUAGAACUCCGGAUCUGAACAGAAUUUCUUGGGACUGGUUCUGAAAGCUUAACUAGCACCUUCACUUUGCUUUUGAGGCAGCUGACCAAGCAGAACACACCUGCUCUGCACCUGAAUAAAACCCCAAACCAAAUCUCUCAUGUUGCAUCCAAAAAAUACUGGGUAAUUUUGGAAUCUGGUGGAGCUACAGACCCAUCUUCCUCUUUUAAAAAAAUCUGUGGACAUUCAAGUUGAACAUGGACCAGCACCACCAGGCCUGAACUGACCCAAGUGCAACUGGAACCAUCUACAACCGGUUGUACGGCUGUUUUCAAAGACAUGAAACUUUGAGGUAUUUUGGUAUCCAGAGGUUCACCAGGACCUGAAGAGCACAUCACCUCCAAGGAGAACCGCCUCUGAACCUAAACAACAGCUCGAUCCGAACAGGAUUUAUACACUUUCCAUGGAAAGACUUCAGAUUUUGGAUAUAUGCAUCCUGAAGAAACACACUAUGGAGUUUUAUUCGCUGUAGAUACGAUACAGGAUUGUUUUUAGUCAAAUCUUAAAAUGUGGGCCUGGGGAACAGAAAAAAAACAUUCACUAAGAGAACCUCGGAACAACAGAUUCAGACUAAAAAUGCUGCAGUUACUGAGUACCUGCUAGAACAAACUAGUCUGACGUAUUAGUUUAGUGAAAACUAGCUGUUAAACCGACUCCAUCGGAGUUUACUGGUAAUUCUUGGUGACUCUCAGCUCUCUUACUUUAUAGAUCUAUUUCAGUAAAUCUGUGUUGAACCUUUUCUGCUGCAUUCUUCUGUUCAUCAGUUUCAAGCUGAGGAUCAACACUCAGCAGUUUACCGACAAACAUAUUUUUGCCAGAUUUUUUCAUCUGAAAAAUAAAAAUAGUGUCUGCAGCUCAUUUUCUUUAGGCCUUUUAUAAAAAACUGAUGGACACUGAUGUUAGUUUAUCAACUAUUUUCUGCUUUAAACACACAUCCUUUUCUAGUUUCAUUCAUAAAAACUCAGAUGCACCAGCAGGUACUUAAUAACUACGUCAGCUAUUCUCCAGUCCUCCAUAAUUAGCACUAAACUGUUAUUUACAGCUGAUUUUUUUCCCAGAAAUUACAAAUAAAGUUUCAAAGAAAUUAGCUGUAAUGCAAAGUGUUUUCAUGUUUUUACUAUGAGAUUUGUCUCUGUUUUGACUUUAUAUUCUUUAUUAUAUUUUGUCACUGACCCUUGGUUUUAUCAUUGUCCUCAGAUUAUAUAUUCAUGUGGGCAGUUAAAAUUAAAAGGUUUUGCACAUGAACAAAAUUUUCUAAGUCAGUUUGAAAAGAACAAGACCAUCGUAUUUAACACAACAUCAUCAGUCAUGUGCAGCUUGGCGCUAACGAACCAAGUGUUGUUUUAAAGUUGUGCUAAGCUAGGCUAAACACAUCCUAACAGGAUGUGAAACAUGUGACUGUGCAAGAGAGGUUAUUUAAAUACUAAAAUCUAUCUUUAUAUCUGAAUGAGGUGUAAUAGAAAGUUUAGUGGACCAAGUGUGUUUCCCUGAGGAACGUCACGUCUUAUCAAAUGCAGUAAAGGAGCUAAGGAAAUAUUACCUGUAUAUCUAAUAAAAAGGUUAGGUUAUGUUUCUCUGAGGAAAUUCAUGACUUUUUGAGGACAAAAGGUUCCAAGAAAUAUUGAAGUGUAUCUUGAAAUGCAGUAGAAAGUUUGAGGACCUAGGAUGUUUUUCUGAGGAACUCCGUUACCUGCUGAGAACAAAAAUCUCCCAGAAACACUAAACUGCAUCUUUGAAUCUAAAUAAAGUCUCAUAGGAAGUUAAAAAGGACCAAGUACAUUUCCCUGAGGAAUGUCAGACUUUAUCAGUGACAGUGAACAAACAGAUUUACAGAAAUAUUAAAGCUUAUCUUUAAAUUUAAGUGAAAUCUAAUAGAAAGCUGAGGGGAUCCAGAACAUUUCCCUGAGGAACUGAAACAGAACACGACGGGAUUUACAGGAAUUUUAAAGUGUUUUUAAGGGUUGAAUUUUCCAGGAACAUUUUUUACUGUUGAUAUUUGUGUCCUGCUGUAAUCUGUGCAAUGCUGUAUGUUUUUAUAGUGGUGAGUUUAUACUUAUUAUAGAUACUGAACAAAGUUACCAUGGAAAAUAUAACAGGCUAAUUUCUGUACAUAAGAGGGUAUUUUACUGACUUUUAUUAAAAAUAAAGCAGAUCUGUAAGACAGUU